AUGGUCGAGACUUCGAUCACCACUCUUUCACCUUGGAAGGUGAGAGAGCUAGCUGAAAAAGAAGAUGAAAAUGGCGUCUUCAAGCUCCUUCGUACUGAUAUCACACGAUUCCUCACCACCAUUCUCAUUGGCACAACUCAACAUCGGAGCUACUGCCCUUUUCACGAAGCAGCAACAACAGUGUUUGGUGAAGCUGGUGUUAGUGCUGCAACUGGUGUCAUGACUGUUGUUGUAUUACUUCUCACUGAAAUCACUCCCAAAAGUAUAGAUGUUUAUAAUGCUACUACUGUUGCUAGGGCUGUGCCAUUUGUGACAGAAGAUGAACUCAAGUUGAUGUUGAGGGUUGCUGAGUUGAGUGGGGCCAUUGAGGAAGAAGAACAAGAUAUGAUUGACAAUGUGUUGGAGAUAAAAGAUACUCAUGUGAAGGAGGUUAUGAGUUAUGACUCCUCUUAUAGAUGUAGUUGCAGUUGA